CCUCCCGUUUCCUCCCCUCCCUGCUCCUUGGCUCCUUUCCCUUCCUUCCCCCUCGGUCUUCGCAGGUCACGGGGGCGAGAGCCCAUCAAACCGGGGAUGUUCGGGUACGGCCGAGUCCCCUUCGCCCUGCCCCUGCACCGGCCCCGCCGACACCCCCAGAAGCCUCCUCCGGCCUCACCUCCCCCGGCCCCGGGGGCUCGGGCUUCUGACCCCCAAGACCCCGCAACACGGGCCCCUCGCCCCUCCGGGACGGAGCCCCCGCAAACAGAGCCGCCCCUCGCCCGGGUCCCCGGGACCCGGUCCCCGGGCACCGAAUCACUGCCGCCAAACCCACUGCCACACACCCACCCCCUCAGGACCAAGCUGCCCCCUAAAACCCAGGCCCCCAAGCCCCCACCCCCCAAAAUCCAGGCCCAGCUCCCUCAGACGGCCCCCCCAGAAACAAAGUCCCCCCAGACCGCGCCCUCCCAAGCUAAGCCCUCUCCGGUCCAGCCCCCCAUCACCCUGCCCUUCAGGACUCCGACCUCCCAAACCAUCCCAUCCCCGGCCCAGUUCCUGCGGCGGGCCCAGGGGCGGGAGGAGGAAGCAGCGUGGUCCGGGGGUCUGCCCUGGCCAGCCCGGGCGGAACCGAACCCCCCCAGCUCAGGUAACGGGCUGCCGCUGCUGAGCCCCGGCCCCCCCAGGCCUCCCGGUCCCCCAGGCCCACCCGGGCCCCUGUGGAACCUGUUUGCCCCCGUCACCUCUGCCGUUCUGUGCCCUGGGGAGAAGGAGCAGCUUCGAGCCUGCAGCCAGGAGCCCUGCCCCCCGGACCGUCCGGACCCCCGGGCCCUGCAGUGCGCCGCCUUCAACCCGCGAGAGUUCAUGGGGCGACGCUAUGUGUGGGAACCUUUCACAGAAGUGCAGGGCUCCCAGCGCUGCGAGCUCAACUGCCGCCCCCGCGGCUUCCGCUUCUACGUCCGGCACACGGACACAGUCCAGGAUGGGACGCCCUGUCAGCCCGGGGCCGCGGACAUCUGCGUGGCCGGCCGCUGUCUGAGUCCCGGCUGUGAUGGACUCCUGGGUUCGGAGCGUCGUCCGGACAGCUGUGGGGUUUGCGGGGGAGACGGCUCUUCCUGCCGCCUGGUAUCGGGGAACCUGACUGAGCCGGGCCAGCCCCUCGGCUACCAGAAGCUGCUGACCGUCCCGUCCGGGGCCACCCAGCUCCGCCUCGCCCAGCUCCGCCACACCAACAACUACCUCGCUCUGCGCGGCCCCGGGGGCAAAUCCAUCAUCAACGGGAACUGGGCCGUGGAUCCACCCGGGAGCUAUCCCGCCGGCGGAACCGUGUUCCGGUACCAGCGACCGCCCCGGGAAGACGGGGCCGGAGAGAGCCUGACCGCCGAAGGGCCCACCGCUCACCCCGUGGAUGUCUACAUGAUCUUCCAGGAGGAGAACUUGGGGGUCUCCUAUCAGUACCUCAUAUCCUUUCCCCUCCCGGACCCCGGGGCCCCCCCAACGGAGACCCCCGGGCCCCGGCUCCAGCCAGGAGUCUUGGCAUUGAACUCCCGGGCCGGCCCGGCCCCCCGCCUGGCCCGGACCCCGGGGAUUCUGCAGCGGCAGGUCCGGAUCCCCCCGCUCCCCGCCCCGCCUCUCCCGGGACCCCAGCUCCGAACACCGGCGGGAUACUGGAGACGAUCCGGGCAGACCGACUGCUCCACCUCCUGUGGACAAGGGGUCUGGCGCCCCGUGUUCCAGUGCACGUCCCGCCAAGGGAGGGAAGAGCUGGACGAGAGCGAGUGUGCCCCCAAUUCCCGGCCCCCCGCCCCCCUGGAGUCCUGCCACGGGCCUCCGUGUCCACCAUACUGGGAGACGGGCGAGUGGACGCCCUGCAGCCGGUCGUGCGGGCCGGGCAGCCAGCACCGCCAGCUCCGCUGCCGCCAGGACUUCGGGGAGGGCAGCUCCUCCGUGCCGCCCCAGCGCUGUGCCCGCCUCGCCCCGCCCAAUGCCACCCGGCCCUGCCAGCAGCGUCUCUGCGGGCACUGGGAGGUGCAGUCCUCAUGGAGCCAGUGCUCGGUGCGUUGCGGGAGGGGCCUGCGGAGCCGCCAGGUGCGCUGCGUCAGUAACCAGGGCAACGAGGUGAGCGAGGCCGACUGCCGGCCCGGACCCCCCAGGCCCCCCAGCAGCCAGCCCUGCCACAUGGGACCCUGCGCCCACACCUGGUUCCACAGCGCCUGGAGCCCCAAGUGCUCGGCCGACUGCGGGACGGGGAUCCAGCGUCGCUCGGUGAUCUGCCUGUGGAGCGGGGGUCCGGGGGAGGGCGAGGGGCCGGGGGGCGGCGGGGACUGGGGGCCCGGGGAGGGGAGCUGCCCCCCGGCCAGCCGCCCCGCGGAGACGCGGGCCUGCAGCUCGGGACCCUGCCAGGACUCGCGGGUUUGGUUCGCCGGACCCUGGGGAGAGUGCUCGGUGGACUGUGGGCCCGGCAGCCAGCGGCGAGAAGUGAUCUGCGUGCAACGGAGGGGGGCCGAGACCUCGGUGGUCCCCCCGGCCGAAUGCUCCUCCUUGCCCCGGCCUCCCACCCUGCAGCCCUGCCACGGGGGAGACUGUACUGACCGCUGGUUCUCCACCGCCUGGAGCCCCUGUUCGCGCUCCUGCCUGGGGGGCGUCCAGCUGAGGGAGGUCCAGUGCCUGACGGUCAACCGGACCCUGAGUGCCCGCUGUCCUCCCGCCCUCCGCCCGGCCCGCAGACAGUCCUGCAACGACCAGCCGUGCAACCGGAGCCCGGAUGACCGCUGCCAAGACUCGUCCCCGACCUGUCCUCUGGUGGUCCAGGCCCGGCUCUGUGUCUACCCCUCCUACCAAGCAUCCUGCUGCCGCUCCUGCUCCCUCGCUCCGGCCCCGCCCCGGGAGACCCCCGAACCGGGCUGAGGGGGGCCGGGGGGCCGGAGACGCCCCCCGCGACCCACACCUUGGAGGCCUGACUCCCUCCCUCUCCCCUCCUGUAUCCCCGAAAGCUCGAAGAGGGGCUAGGGGAGGGCGGCUGGGUGUGAUUUGGGGGCGUAGCGGGGGGUUAGGUCUGUUUAGGCGGAAGGAGAGCGGGGAUUUUAGUGGGAAAGGAGACAGAAAGCUGCCAUCCUGGGGUCUUUUGGACCCCCGUGGGGGUACCAGUGCGUGUUGGUGUUGGUGUCCACGUCCAUCCGGGCGGGGAUUAUCCUCACUGACGUUGGUUGAAGCCCCAGAAAUUCCCCCAGACGUCCGAGGGGCCCGGCCAGGCCGCAAUUCCUGCGCCCCGAAACUG